UCCACUGCGCCCCUUAAGUGCAGUAUUCUUUAUGACAUUUUUUACAAUUGAUUCUCAGAAACCCUAAUUCCUUCGUUCAUUCAAUACUCAUUCCCCUGGAAAAAUCAAAGAUACUCUCAGGCGCAGCGAUUAAUUCAAAGGUUGUUAGCGAUCUGACAUCGCUUAUUGUCGAUAAAGGCUCGUGUCUGAAUUAAAGUAGUCGUCACCAUGAGAUUGAGAAAGGGAAAUAAAGUGGAGAUCCGUGGCAAUACUGAACAGCUUAGUGUGGAAUGGCGUAGUGCUCGAAUAAUUUCUGGUAAUGGGCACAGCUACAGUGUCCAGUAUGACCGUUCUAGCACAACAAGCGAGGCUAGCAUAGAGAGAGUUUCAAGGAAGGCCAUCAGACCAUGCCCCCCUCUUAUUAAAGGUAUUGAGAGUUGGGCAGCUAAUGAUCAUGUGGAAGUUUGUGAUGCUGGUUCUUGGAAAGCGGCUACUGUUUUGAAAGUCAUUGGUGGAGGCUUAUACUUGGUAAAGCUGUGGGUAACUUGCAACGAGUUAAAGGUUCACAAAGUAAACAUGAGGGCACGCCAAUCUUGGCUAAAUGGUCAAUGGAUUGUCAUGCCAAAGGGAUCAGACAUGUUUGGAGUUGGGAAGUCUAGCAAGUAUUUGAAUUCAAAGAGUUACAAGGAUCAACCUGAAAAUCAGCGAACCAGAAAUAUUUUUUCUCCAGUAUUAGAUGUCAGUGGUCAUCAGGAGCCUCAUCUGUCCUCAUCUUCAACAUUGAAGAGAUUGUCCCCUUAUGGCUCCUCUCUUAUUGAGGCUUAUCCCAGAAAAGUAAGGGCUGUUGAAAAUAUGGGUGAGUGUGGAAGAUUCAAAGCUGUAACCACAGCCUCCUUCCUGCAAAAGGUAGAUGCUGUUGCUUACCCGCAAAAUAUUAUGGGUGAAAAAUGCAUGCAUACAUCCUUUACUAAUGGUACCAACCAAUAUUAUGAAACAGGAAAGGAGAAUCCUUAUAUUGUUUCAACACAUUUUCUUGAAAGAAUUGAAGAACCUGAUUAUUCUUGUAGUGAUAGUUCAGUUGGCAGUUGUAGUGUGAAAAGUAGUAAUUCAAAUAAAUUUUCCAGUGAUACCUUAUCAGGUCCUUGCCAAGAUGAAGAUAUCUUUUGCAGUGAUGCAGAAUCUCUAGAUGUUGGAGAUGUGGAUAAAGGAUGCUCCAUUUCUCCCGAAGAGGUUGUAGCAGAUAGAAUUCAUAGGGCCAGUGUAGGAGGCUUGCAUGCCUUGCUUUCAAUGGCUAAAUAUGAAGCUUGGUUUGCUUCUUCUCUCUGCAAAUUAAUUGGUGGCGUCUACCAAUAAUUUUCUUACAGAGAUAAGAAAUUUCUGACCAUUGUUUUCUCACUGUCAUGUCAUGCCAGAACAUCAAUUUUUCUAAAAGCUGUUGAUGUAAUCCUCAUAUGGAAGAUCUUCUUAUGAUACAAUUCUUCAGAUAAUAAGCAUUUAUUUGCAUGCCAUGUGAUGUGGAUCAUAUUUAGUGUGACUUGAAUACUUUAUCCUGUCAAUUGAAAAAUAAAAUUUAAUGCUAGGAUGUUUCAGUAUGUGUUAUAUCAGUGUAGUUAAUGGCACUGGUUAUCUGUCACAUGGCCUCCUCAUGAUGCAUCAGCAGAUGUGGUGUGUUGACAUGGCAGCAAAUCGCAGCUACAAUAGUGAUGUUGCAGCUGUUACUACGUACGGGUAAAAAUCUCAAAUUGCCUCCACUUUUGCAUCAUCAAUCAAGUUGUUUUAAGGUCUUUUGCUCAAUAUCACCGUGCCCCUUUCCACUCCCCCUCUGUUAAAUCUUCUCUCCACUCCCCUAUUCCUGCCCAUCACUAUAUGCCAACUGUUCUGCUACUGUUAUGUUUUUGCAGGUCUGAGUUUAUUCUUGUGUGUGAUGGGUUGUGCAAUUUGCACCUCACAAUCCUCUGUUUCCACAGGUCCAUGGCAUCCUCUGUUCUGCUUUUUGAAAGAACACCUCUGUUCAUUUCAGUUUUUCUUUUCUUUUUGCGUAUUUUGCACUUCAGUCUUAUGUUAAUUGCCUUGUUAAUUAUGCGUUCAAUAUGUGGCAAACAUCUAUCUAGACUACGCCACUGAUUCACUAUUACUUUUGAUUAUAAAAGGACACAUUUAAUAUUUGGUUCCCCUCAAGUAUGCACUAUAAAUUAAUUAUUUUGAAUCUACAUAAUUUUUUGGUAUGCCAGUCAUCACAUUAUCCGGUGUCUUGUUAUAGUUUUUUUUGAUCUGGUCACUUGGAGCUACUGGUUGUUCUUCACUUUGUUAGACACAGCUUUAGAUUUUCCAUUAGUUCAUCAACAAUAUAUUUAGCUCCCUUUUUGUUGGUCUGCAUCGUUAAAUGACCUGCCUGCUUUUGAAACCUGCUCUCUUGAAACAUGUGAAUUGGCAUACAGGACAUGGAUUAAUGAUGCUUUUAGCAUGUUUUGGUGAAAAUUACUUCAUGGGAGACGGUCAUUUUUUGCUGAAACUUGUACGUAUCCAAGAAUUUGUAAAGAAACAUAGGCAUAUAAGUAUGCACAUGUAUUUUACUCAAUCAGCUUCGUUCCUCUUUUCUUUCUUGAGCCGUUUCUGUACAUGCAGCUGUCUUUUCAUAAGCUCAAAAUGUUGGACAUUUUUCCUUAGCUACUCCAUUAUCAAACAUAUAAUGGCUCUGCGCCUCUCUUAAUUUGAAUUCUUAGUUUCUUACAUGACAUGAUAGUGUGUACUUUUAAUUAAUUUUUAUCAAGAAAAAUGUUGGAACUUCCUUAGAACAGCAUUUUUACCUGUUAUCAUUGAGGCUAAGUUUAUGUUUUUUUGUCUCUAUUGUUUUCAUCUCCAAUUAUGUUAUUUAUAUGGUUUACAGUAAAAAGUUUCAAAUGCAUUUUUUUCUCUCAUUCAUUUAAGGCCAUUUUGGUUGUGUAUAGUUUCGGCUGUGGAUACUUUGAGUCUCAUUUUAUUGCAAUUAUUCCGGAGCUCAUUGAUCUUUUAACUUGCAUAUCAAAAGGCUUGGGGAGAGGAAGUACACGAGAAGAUGAUGCGAAGAGGUCUCACGUGUUUUCCGUAUAUGAAAUUUUUCUCAUCAAGUUGCAUCGCAAAAAUUAAUUUUAGUCCAUGUAAUCUAUGUACUCUAUUCGACUAUUCGUUUAAAUUAUGUACGUUGCCACCGAAUAUCAAUUUAAAGUUUCUUGGUAGUUGUUUAAUCCA